CACAAGCGAAAAUGUAGUCCUUUUUGGCUUUUAUUUUCUCGAAGUUUUUAACGUUAAUUAAAAAAUGUCAUUCGCUAAAAAGUUUUUAUUUACAAUCUCUUUUGUGUUUUUAAGCUUAGUUGCUAUUGUUCUUAUACGAACCUUUACCUUAAAUGUAAGGAAUAUUGAUGUAUCUGAGUGCACCUCAUCUGAUGCAGAUUUUAUUGAAGUGGGGAUUCAUUCAGAUGCAUUAAAAAGAUUUAGAGAAGCAUUAAGGAUAAAGACGGUUGCAAGAGAACCUCACGAUUAUAAUUCAGCAGAAUUACUACAGCUGGUAGAUUAUAUAAUUGCAGCGUAUCCAACUGUACACGAGUCACCCCUGGUGCAGUAUGAGGUUGUUGCUAACCUUAGCUUGUUAUACACUGUGAAAGGCGAGGACCCGACCCUCACCCCCUACCUGCUGAUGGCUCACCUUGAUGUGGUGCCUGCAGAGCCUGAGAAAUGGGAGGCCGACCCAUUCAGUGCAGAUAUCAUUGGAGACUUUGUGUAUGCAAGGGGAACAAUUGAUUUUAAGCAUGGAGUUAUGGGAAUACUGGAAGCACUGAACUACUAUGUUUCUCUAGGAAGAGCACCGGAAAGAGGAUUCUAUGUUGCCUUCGGACAUGAUGAAGAGGUGACAGGUCUGGAUGGUGCCAAGGCGAUCAGUGAGGUGCUGUGGAAGCGAGGGGUGCGCAAGUUUGAGUUCAUUGUGGAUGAGGGCCUCACAGUCACCAAUCAGAUCAUCCCAGGCAUGACCAGCCAAACUGCACUGGUGGGUACAUCAGAGAAGGGCCAGGUGUUUCUUGAGUUGAAGGUGCUGGGUGAGGCUGGUCAUUCCUCCAUGCCCCCUCCUGAGUCACCCAUCGGCAUCCUAGCUGCUGCAGUCUCAAAGCUUGAGAGAAACCCCCUACCCAGCAUGCUCGGCUACGGCCCAGAGAGGGAGACAUUUGAACAUUUGGCGCCUUAUAUGCAGUUUCCAUACAAAGUUGUCAUGUGUAAUCUGUGGUUAUUUAAGCCCGUUAUUUCUUGGGUGAUGUCUAGAAAACCAGCCACCAACGCAAUCAUCCGUACAGUGACUGCUGUUACCAUGUUCAAUGCUGGAAUUAAGAUAAAUGUGAAUGCCCCCGAGGCAACGGCCUAUGUGAACCACAGGAUCCAUCCAGCACAGUCCAUCCAAGAGGUUGUUGACUAUGACAGAGGUAUAAUCAAUGAUGAGCGAGUGCAGAUCAAAGUGAUUGCCUCCAUGGAUCCCCAUCCAAUAGCACUGAGUGGAGAGGAGGAUUUUGGCUACCAGACAGUGAAGAACAGCAUAAGACAGAUCUGGAACAACACAUAUGUAGCUCCAGGCACAAUGAUAGGAAACACAGACACCAAGCACUACCUGCGUAUGACGCACAAUGUGUACCGGUUUAGUCCAACCGUGAUGUAUCCGCCUGACGUGAAGCGUUUCCAUGGCGACAAUGAGCGCAUCUCUAUUAAAAACUACGAGCAGGCUGUGAACUUUUACUACCACUUGAUGGUCAAUGCAAACAAGGCUGUCGUGGAACCCAGCCAUAUACAUGGGGAACUCUGAUGCAUUUAUUCAUGUGUACAAAACAUUCCAUAGCGACAAUUAAACAAAAACCAAUAAAUUUUAACAAGCACACCUAAAUGCUUAAUAUCCAGAAGAAACUUAAUACACUAUUAUAUUAUUUAGAUUCCAAAGCAAGUUAUUAUUGUAAUAUAUGUAUUUAUAUAUGUGUAUAUUCAAGGGCUGUGCAAUAAGCCAUAUUUGUUUCAUGCUCAAGGGAAAGCAAUGCAUGAAUAUUCACAUGUGUCCCAAUCAUAAUUAUAUAGAAUAAGUAAUAGGGUAAGUUUGUGACUCAAUAUGGGAUAUAUUGGGCAAAGGAAACCAUAUUGGCUGAGAGCCAAGCUCGGACCCUUAUAUGGUAUGUGUACCCCAUAUAUUCUAUUUGGGUCACCUACUAAUCCUGUAAUGUAUAUGUCAUGUUGACAACCUGUUUACAUCAAUAAAGACACCAACACUAUCUCAGAAAUGUUUCAUGUAUUCAUCUGAAUCAGAAAAUAGAAGCAUUUUUGGUACGAUAUAAAGAUAAGAGACCCAAUAUAGGGUCACUGUGUGACCAGUGGCGCUGUUUUAUUGGAGUUGGAGGCGUGAUAUAAUCAUUAAUGUUUCAAAUCCUAGCAAUACUGUGAUAUCCAGCCUAUUGUCAUCUUCUGAAAUCGUCUGCAAUUCUGUUGAGUUGUUUCUCUUGCAUAUAUAUAUAUAUUUAUACGUACAUGGAUUGUACUUGUGUACUCAAGAUGGCUGAAAUAGGUUAUUUUAACAUGCAUGAUCCAUAAGCUUAUUCUUCCUUUAAUAUUGUAAUUUUGUGCGCCAAUUGUGUACUCAAGAUAGCUGAAAUAGGUUAUUUUAACAUGCAUGAUCCAUAAGCUUAUUCUCCCUUUAACAUUGUAAUUUUGUGCGCCAAUUUUGUUAUUUCUCAUUUCAUUGACCUCAAUUAAAGGUAAAAACCAUACUAGUAAUCUCAUUUUUGAUUGGACUAGACCUCAUUCUCAAGUUCUUACCAAACUGAAUGCAAUAUUUAAAUCCUGUGAAUAUUGUAAAUAGAAAGGAUUUUUUUAGCUCUACUGGCCAAAGGCCAGAAGAGCUUAUGCGAUGGUAAUGUGUACGUAGUAUGUGCAUCCGUGCGGUUGUGCGUUCAUGCGUCUGUAAACAAUUGCUUGUGAACACGAUACAGUCUUUAGUUUUAAUUGUAUCUCGAUGAAACUUGUACAGUAUCUAGAAAUCCAUUAGAGCUUGGUUCCUUUCGAAAACCAGCCAGAUCCGCCCAUGCAUGCCUAGAUUAUGGCCCUUGAUAGUAUAAAAAAAUGCUAUUGUGUAAACAAUUGGUUGUGAACUUGAUACAGUCUUCUGAUUUUUGAUUGUAUCUUGAUGAAACUUGUACAAUAUUUAGAUAUCCAUUAGAGCUCGGUUCCUUUCGAAAACCAGCCAGAUCAGCCCAUGCAUGCCUAGAUUAUGGCCCUUGAGAGUAUAAAAAAAUGCUAUUAUGUAAACACUAGCUUGUGAACACGAUACAGUCUUCUGAGUUUUGAUUGUAUCUCGAUGAAACUUGUACAGUAUUUAGAUAUCCAUUAGAGCUCGGUUCCUUUCGAAAACCAGCCAGAUCAGCCCAUGCAUGCCUAGAUUAUGGCCCUUGAGAGUAUAAAAAAAUGCUAUUAUGUAAACACUAGCUUGUGAACACGAUACAGUCUUCUGAGUUUUUAUUGUAUCUCAAUGAAACUUGUACAGUAUUAAGAUAUUCAUUAGAGCUCGGUUCCUUUCGAAAACCAGCCAGAUCUGCCCAUGCAUGCCUGGAUUAUGGGUCUUGAAAGUAUAAAAAAUGCUAUUUUAAUUUAAGUCUAAGUCUAUUUUUAGCCAAGUCUACAUGAGCGAAGUCUAUUUUUAGCCAAGUUUACACAAUUGCUUGUGAAGGUUUGUUCAAAUUAUGCCCCUGGGGUCAUUACUGCCCCCCCCUCCCCACCCCACCCAUGAAGAUUGUCCCGCAAGGGACCAGUGCGGCAAAUGCAAACAACCUCUGCGACGUUGACGAAGGCCCAGGGAAGAGUUCUCUUUUCUUUGUAAGGGACUCCCUCCCCCCCCUUGAAUUGGGAAAUGUUAAAAACCUUUUUGUCUGAAACCACUAUGCAAAUCCUUGCUAUUUGGAACAAGGCUUUAUUUAGUGGUCCACUACCAUGGUUGUUCAAAUUAUGCCCCUUGGGUCAAAACUUGCACUGCCCUGGGUGUCACUAUUUCUUAGAGACUUAUUUAAGAAAUGUUUUCAAAAUCUUCUUGUUUCACCCAUACCUUUGAUAUUUGUUGUGGAGCAUCAUAUGAUGCAAUUGAAAACAUUUGAAAUAAUGCCCCUUGGGCAAAGGCUGGCCCCACCCCUUUUGACUUACGUAUUAAUUUUUAAAGCUACAGUAAUGUAAUUUUGACCAUGUGAAUAGUUUUGCAAACAAGCAUUAAUGUUGUCCUCGGAUGUCCUUGACUUUUAGCUUUGAGCGACUUUUUAUUUUUAAAGCUACAGAAAUUAAAUUUUGACGAUGGGUACAGUUUUGAAAGCAAAUAUUUUUUACCCUCAGAUUACCUUUACUUGGCACAUAUUAAAAUAGUUCAUGCGACUAAUCUGCUUACAACACUUCCUGUCCUCAGAUGUUUAACGUGCAGCAUUUUCAGCUAACCCAAACACUAAAAGUGAACUAUUUAUUUGUUGCCUAUUACUCAAACGUACAUGCUCUGGAUUGAAAAUGACCACAAGAGCCAUGCCAGUAGAGCAUAGGCCCUUUUGGGCCUCUUGUUUUGUUAUUAUAGUACCUUUUUCUCGACUGUUUAAAUUUAUAUAUAUAUAUAUAUAUAUAUCUCAAAAACCUAUGGGGGAAUAUGACUUAGGCCAUACAAAAUUGUUUUUUAUGUUCAGUAUGAAAACCCAUCUAGCAAUACUGAAAAAAACAACAACAAACCUCCGAAAUAACUAGAAUACCAAAUGGGAACAUCCUACAUGUAUGUAGAAUAUAGACAACCCCUUCUCAUUUGUCUGAUAGAUUUUGAUACAAUAUGAGUUCAAAUAAAACUUGAAUUUAAGUGUGUUUAAUAUGAGAAUUACACAGACUGCAUCAUUUUCUGACAAGACUACCAUUACAAAGUAUGAAUCAUGUUGUUUUCACUUGUGUUCUGUAGUUGGAAUUGUAAAUAAAACAAUAUUUAUUUCUUUUUGCAAAAUUGUUGAUCAUAUAAAAAAAAUUUUUAUUAGGAAGCCCAAAACCUAUCCAUAGAAGGUGGUUAACAUAGAAACAGUUUGUUAUGGCCUUACAGAGUGGAACCAUU